GUAAGAUUUGUUUCUAUGGCUAGUGUUAGGCGCCAUAGUUGUGUACUGAUAUUAGUUAUAUUGUGUAUCAUAUUUGGCGUAAUGUUAACGCUUCGUUGAAAUACUCGUAUGUGAAAUGUGAAUAUUAUUUAAUUUGCGAAUGGUAGUAAUACUAAUAAUUACAAUUGUCGACGUUAUGUAGAUGAAAAUACGGUGUUUAUCGACAUGUUUAUGACCACGAAGAAUCUAAGAAUAAGAUCAAUAAAUAACAUGUACUGGAGUCUAGACUGUUUCGGUGUCUGUCUGCAACAGUUUAUUAAUUCUUGAAACUUAAUUUGGAUUAAAACUAAGUUAAAAAAUUAAAUUGUGAAAACCAACCGAAAUAUCGGAGAUUUCAUUCAACUUACGAUCUAAUCUUGUACUUUUUGUAGUUUUACAAUUUACUUAGUUUAGUUUGGCAGUUGAAGAAAUUGAGGGGUACUCGAAACUAGAAUUUGCCUAAUUGAUGAUGGUGAAAUUAAGAUCCCAAAGACCUGUUGUUGAAAUACCUACAGAAAAAGAUUCCAUAUUUAAAGAGCCAUCACCUGUCUCUCCACUUCUUAGCCAUGGAUCCAGUGUUCUGGAGAAAAUAAAGGACAGUGCACAACCAGCUGUACAGUCUGCAUUUAGAAACUUGAAGAGAGCUAAUUCUUGUGAUGACUCUAUUUCAUUUUCCAGCUCACCAGUUUCAGUAGACUCUGGAACCUCUCAUGAUAGUGAAAGGUCUACACCAGUGUUCCAACAGCAACUUUCAUUGGAACAUGAUUCUUACUGUGACCCUGAUAAGUUCAUUCUUGAAAUCUUAAGUAUGUCGGAAGCAGAAGACUCUGCUAUUUCUAUGGAACCUCCCUCCAAAGUACCACGAUCAGGUUGCAGGUUAAGAACGUCAAGUCUCAGUGGGACUUCUGAGUGUUCAGUGGGAGAAGAAGAAGACAGCAUUAUGUCUGAAACAUAUACAGUGGAUAGUGUAAUUGAAAGUUCUAAUCUUACUGAAGCAGUAAGCUUACAGUCUUCACCAUUUGUGAAUUCUGAUAUUAGUGAACCUUUACCAGCUUCUGCAGAUAGUGUCAGAAUGAUUUCUGAAGAAGCAACUCUUGGAGAUCAGUCUUCAACGACACAGACUAAAGUACAAGAUUUUGUACAGCUGCAUUCGGCUCUUAGAGCUCUUAUCAGAGAAGUAUCAUCUGUACCUGAAGCAGAACAUGCAGUCAUUAAGCCAAAAUCUUGUGUGAUGUCCACUCCGGUAGCUGAUAAUUCAGAUGUUUGUAAACCUCCAUCAUAUUCUCCUACAGCUGCACCAUCUGCAAGUACAAGUUCUAAAAAUCAUCAGAGGGAUAAAAAUGUGAAGAAAGAUUCACCUCCUGAGAAGCCUACUCUUUGUAGCUCUUACCCUUCUUGUAGCAAAGAUGGAAUAUAUGAACUUAAAAUAUUAAUACAGCCAGAGCAACAGCAUCGGGCUCGUUAUCUCACAGAAGGGAGCCGUGGGGCAGUGAAAGACAGAAAAGGAACAGGAUACCCUGCUGUGAAACUGUUUGGGUACAACAAUCCUGUAACAGUGCAAGUCUUUAUUGGAACAGACCAAGGGAAGGCACUUCCUCACCUUUUCUAUCAGGCCAGCAAAGUGUUUGGUAAAAGUUCUACUCCUUGUUCUGAAAGAAAGAUUGAAGGCACAAGUGUUUUGGAGAUUGAGAUGAGUCCAGAUAAAGAUAUGACUGUUAGCUGUGAUUGUGUUGGGAUUCUUAAAGAAAGGAAUGUGGAUGUUGAACACCGCUUAGCUCUACUUGGUGGAAGCCAUCGCAGUAAAAAGAGAAGUACACGCUGUCGUAUUGUGUUUCGGGUUAGAAUUCCCCAAAGUAAUGGAGCAUAUGAAAUACUUCAAGUGGCAUCAGCUCCUAUAUUGUGCACUCAGCCACCUGGUGUUCCUGAAGUAUCCAAAAAGUCUUUGUCCGAAUGUCCUACUGAUGGAAAAAUGGAGCUUUUUAUCAUUGGAAAGAAUUUUCUUAAAGACACACAAGUUCUGUUUCGUGAAGUUGAAGAUAACUCUGAGGAUGAGGAGUUUGAAAAAAUUAUUUGGGAGAAAGCAAUAGAUCCAGAUAAAGAGUACCUUCAACCGACACACCUUGUAUGUAGAGUACCUCCAUACAGAGAUCUGGACAUCAUUGAGCCAGUGAAUGUGCAGCUGCUAGUUUACAGUGGGGGUAAGACAAGUAAACCUCAUCCGUUCACUUAUUUGCCCAACUUGAAAGCACCAAAUUCUGUAAGGGGGACCACUGUGCCAAAUCUCUCACCUGAUUUUGCACAAUCUGCUGUCAAUGUCAGUAAACACUUCAGACAAACUGGGGUGGUCCCAACUGUUAUCCAACUUCCUGUGAUAACACCUGGUAGUGGAAACAUGCAGGGUUUACAGCCAUGGGUCUCAACUGUGGUUAUUCCUGGAACAAAUGAGACUGUUUUUUCAGUAGCCCCACAUAAAAGAUGUUCAGAAAUAAACUCUCUUGGAAGUCUUUCAGAUGGAUGCUUAAUUACAGUACCAGAUGGAAGUAAGCCUAACCCUGUUCAGUUACUUCUAAUUCAACAGCUUGCUGCCCAAGAAUCAGGUAAUAACCCUGGGCAAAGAAAAGAAGAGAAGAUUAAGGACCUUAAUAAACUUCAGAGUAGAGCUGUCAACGUAUUGGAAGUAGGAAAGACAAGAGAAUUAAGCAAGGGCAAAGACCAGCAAGACUCUGGAUGGACCAUAAAAAGGAAAAAGGUGAAACUUCCCACGACUAAAUGUGUCCCAAAAGGAUUGUUAAACCAUGGCGACAACUAUAGUAGAAGAAGAUUUGGUCGCCCACAUAUCAUGAAAUUUAGACGAAAUGUUAAGCAAGAAACUAACAGUUUGCGUCAGCUUCUAAUUCAAAGCCAUAAUUCCAAACCUCUUGGGUCUAAUUCCAAAUGUCACAGGUUAAAACCUAAUGGUAAACCACAAGUUAACUUCAAUAGUGGUAUACCUCAACCUGCAUCACCAAUAACACCUGCCAACUGCUCAAAGAUUAACAUGUUUAAUUCAGCUUUACUGCAGGAAACAAUACCAUCUUUCCAAAACAAAUUGGCUACUACUCAAGAAUUACAAAUGGAAUCAUCAGAGAAAAUGACACCAUAUUGUGAAACUAGUGUAAGGACAGAUUUGGAGGACAGGACAUCUUUAUAUCAUGAUGUAGAAAACAUUUCCCCUGUUUCAACUCAAACUUUCAUGUCUUCAAAUGAAUUAAAACAUAAAUACUCUUGGGUGGGAGAAAAUUUAAAUCCUGAAAGUGUUAAUGAGACAAAUAAGCAAAGUUUGCAUAUUGAAAAAGAUGUUCAAGAGUUUUCCAAAGGAUCGGGAACAAUUGCAGAUAGUGUUUUUCAGCUCCAGUCACUUAGUGAAGGAGGAGGAAAGACUGAAAAUGUUUUGUAUCAUUUGUCUCUUGUAGAAGGAAAUGGUAGAGUUGAUAAUAGUGCUGAGCUUUCAGUGAAUGAUGUUCAAAAAAUGAGAAGAAAUGAUGAACUUUCUUUGGCUGAAGUAAAAGAUGUUGCUGCAAGCAUUUAUCAUUUGGCUUUGAGUGAGGAAAAUAAAGCAUCUGGAUUAUUUCAAAAAACUGGAGACACCCCUAGUACUGUCGAGUCAGAGAAUCAAAAUUUUAGCCAAUCCAAAAGUCAGGAGUUAGAUUUUAAUUCAUAUGAUCCUAACUCAUUUUUGAAUUUGGGACAAAUUUACGAUGAUGAUUGUAGUAUGAAAACAUUUACUGAGACAUCUGAAAAACAUAAUCCACUAAAAUUGGACUGCAAAACCUUACUUGAAAAUGAACACAGUUUUUGUGCAACUGACUGUCAUGAAACCAACCAAGUUGUUUUUGAUCCGUCUUCAAUGUAUGACCUAAAUCAACCUGUCAGCCAAAUAUCUAGUCUGGAUUCUUUGACAAACAAAAGGACAGACCAGAUUGAACAAAAUCAACUAGUUUCUUACUCGUGUACAGCUGAGGCUCCUGUUUCUUCAGCUGUAACCUUUGUUCAUCAGAAUCAAGAACUACCAUCCUUCUCCUCUGUAGCUGAAUGCAGUAUAAGAAAUAUCCUGAAGACAUCCAGUGCCCUAACUCACUCAGUUCAGAUGAACUCUGAUGCUAGACAACCUGACCAAGCAUCUAACCCUGUUGUGUGCGAUGACCUUUUGAGUUAUGCUGUUUCUAAAGGCUCUGUGGCUACUUCUCCUCUUAAGACACCACAGACAUUGUCUUAUACUUCAGACUGUGUGGAAAGACCAGCACUUACUAGUGUACUAACUUGUACAGAUCCUGUCCAACCUUCAAACUUGAAUAAUCUCUUUCAGCCUGUAGUUAUACAGAAUCCUGUUUCAAGUUGCACUACAUUUAUUCCAAAGACAGUGGCAUCAAGUGUCCCAUGUAUUGGUCAAGCUGUGUUCACUACAUCCAUGAAUGAACUAAAAACGGUCCAAGCGACUCCACAAGCCUUUGGUCAGAAAUCCUCUGAUUCUUCACAGUUUGCUCUCUUGAAUGGAAAGUUAGUGAAUGUUCCCCUAGAAUUAGUAAGUUCUCAUGAUACUAGCCAUCCCAGUGUCUCUGAAUUAUCUGAUAGCCAAAGAAUGAUGCAACUUAUUUCAUCCGAAACCACUAACAAUGAAGGUGUCGGUGUUCUUUCUGUAAGUCAACCUACAAUAUCCAGUGUAACAGGUGGUCAAUCAGUCAAUGCACAGGCUGUAAAUGACCAAACUCUAAGCACUGCUGUUCAACUUGUAAAAGCUAUAGCGACAAACAUAGAGGCUAUUGGUCAGAAUUCUUCCACAAUGAAUUCUGACCCUUCCACCACAGCAACCAACAGCUUUCAGUCUAUGAACCAGGAGACGCUAACAGCUGCAGUAGAAGUAGUGAAAGUAAUAGUUUCAACAAUGCAGGAAGCUAGUCAGCAGAACAUGUGUAAAACAACAGUACAAAGCAAAGCCUGCACAAGGCCAUCCGAGACAGAUUCCAUUCCUGUGUUCACAACAGUUACACUACCAGCUAACAUAAGUUUAGAACCAGUUGUAUUAAAUAACAAAAAUCAAGAAAAUGGUGAAGAGUUUGAAAUCUUUCAGAAUCAGGGUGUUCUUACUAAUGAAUCUGCACACAUUCAGGGUGGUUUAGUUAGCCAAAACAAUCUAAGUCUAAGUACUGAAAAAGCCCUUCAGAAUGAAUAUACUGAUACAAACACAACUAUUCAAACCAACAUAGAAAAUAACAUUCUUGAAGAUAGCAGUAGGGUUUUCUUGUCUCCAUGUAUUAAUGAAGAAAGGAUUAGUGCAAAUCCAUUAAAUGGAAAUUAUAUUGGAGAAGAUUUAUUGAAAAAGCCUGAAAGUCUAGAAAGAAGUGAAGUAAGUACUAUUGGACAAUCAGUAGAACAUAAUUCAAACAAUUUUGUUUAUAACUGGCAGUCAUCAGAUCAAGGAAAUGGACAGAGCAAAAGUGACCAUAACUUUGACCUCUUUGGUGUGACAGCAUUACCAGAGUCAGAGUUAUUGAACAUGAUUAACCCAACAACAUUUGAAUAAUGAUUUGAUAUUCAUCUGGUGAGAAUAUUUGUACAUUUUCAAUUUGUUAAUGAAAAUAAUACAAAACUUAUUUGCACGAAACAUUUUUUUCAUUAAGCUUUUCUUCCAAAACAUUUUUGUUUUUUCACAUAUUGAAAUUGUAUUUUCAUUUAAACCUGGAUUAAAAAUGAUUUUCAAUGAAGUAAAUACAUAGUAAGUUAUUUUAAACAAUUUUUAAUAAUUGUAAAGCUCUUAAUGACAAUAAAAUAAGUGAACUUAGAAAUCAGUUAGUUUUAAAUGGUUAAUAAAGGAAGCUUUUUUGUUUUAAAACUAUAGACAAUUUUAUAUACCAAGUAUUUACAGCCUGUUCAGAUAUAUGGGGUUAUUUUUGUGUUGGUGUCCUACUCUCUUGGUGAAUUACAAGGAAGUGAUGUAAAGCCAAAAAAGUCUAUCUCGUAGUUAAAUUUACCAUUGCCAGAAAUAGGUUACAUAACUGUGAUUGAGUGUUUGUGGUUUCAAAAAAUGAUCUCAACAAUUCAUCACUCUUUCAAUUUUUUUUACAAGUUUUAGCAAGCUGAUUACCUUUAGAAAAGAAAAUACCCAAUCAAUUUAGAUUUAAUGCUGUUGUUUGCACAUGCUAAACUGCUUUGACAGGUAGUGUUGAAAUUUAAUAAUUUCUAACAUUAAAUAAACUGAAAAGUUUUAGGCAGAUCUUGAAAUUGAUGGAUUGUUGUGGUACAGUUCUUUCAGAAUUUUAUGUUUUUAUUACUCUAGUUUGCUUCCUUAAUAAAGAUGAAGCAGUUAUGGCCCUUUCUCACAAUUUUCUUCACAAUUAUUUUAUUGUUAUGGCACAUUAGUGAGUUUCAGUUAUUGGCAGUUUUACACUUCACUAGUUGUAUCUAUUUCUGCAACACCUUUCUGCUCUCCUUCCAUUAAGAUUCCUUUAACAAUGAUAAAAAUGUUGUAUUACAUGUUUUUAGAUAUCAGAAUCAAGAGUUGGCCAGCAAGGUAUUUGUUUGAUACUGUAGAUUGAUAUGUUAUUGAAGUAUAUUCUGUUUUGGACCAAUGUGUAGAAAGAUCAACAGAAGAGACAGUAAUAUUUAUAAGUAACUUACAUUUGUUCACACACCAUUUUUCUUAACAUUCACCUAGAAAGUCACAAAAUGUUCAAAAAUUUGGUUAGAAAUUAUAAUGGCAUCAGUUUUUAAGAUAUAUGGUAUCUACUCAAUGAAUCACAUUUACCUAGUAACUAACUGUUAAACUGUGUUAAAGUUGAACUAUUUUUUAUUGCUGAGAAUAUUGCAAAGUGUUUCAACAAAAAAUUUUACUGUUCAUUCUUAUACACUAUCGAAGUAUCAGUAUAAAAAAUUAUGACAAAUCUCUGGUUUUUUAUCUUUAAAGACAUUUCCAGCAAUGAAUAACUAGCAAUUAGUUUAAGUUUUAACUUCAUAAUACAAUCUCUAAUUUUACAUUCUCCAGUUCUUACAGAACACACUAUGAAAUUAUUUUUCACUUCCAAUUCGUAUAUAGUGAAUGUUAUGGAGCUGUCAGUGAAAAAUUGAAGAACUUAGAAGUUAAGAGACUGUAUUAUGGAGUUAAAAACCCAAACUUGUUUCAACAGAAAAUUGACUUUUAAAGAGAUUCCCUGCAAUAAAAAAAAUAAAAUUUUUUGCUUGACUUUAGUGUAGCUAAUAGUGUCACUCAUUAAUAUUCCCACAUAUCUAAGUUGUCAUUUGGAAUUUAGUUGACAGUGAAAUUUGAAACAAAGAGUUACUUAUUUGAACAUGUUGUUUUUAUUUCAUGUCAUUUAUUAAGAUACAUGGAUGUUCUUCACUGAAAUUGUAAAACCAGUCUUAAAUAAGACUAGGAAAGCUUCAAAUAUAGAUAUUUUUGUUUUAAGGUAAUGUCAGUCAACUAAUUAGCAAGAAGACAUCUGUUUUGAUACUUCAUCAGUUACAGUGAAAUCCUUUUUCACUUUAAGAUAUUGUUGCACAGUGUAAACAUAUGUGUCUGAAUUGUUUGCAUGACAUUUUAUUAGCUUUCAGUUAAAUAUGUACUGUUUUUAUUUGAAUAGUAUUUGUGAAUAAUGAGUGAAAAUCAUUGCUUCAAAUGCUUCUUUCAGUUGUUCAACUACAAAUAGAAGAGUGGGUAUCAUCUGUGAAACAUCAUUAUGUCUGUCAUUCUUGCCACACACGAAGCCAGAAUGUAAUGUGUAGAAUGCCAUUUCUGUCAGACUUUCUGACCAGCAAUAUGUGUGUGUGUGUGUGAGUUUAUAGAUAUAUAUUGUUGUGUUGUAAACAGUGAACACUGAGUUUAAGGGUUUACUUAUAUAGUGUAGAAUAUAUAGAUUCUGUAGAUGUUGAAUCUAACAUCUUUUUUGUUAUAGUAUAUUUAAUCAUGAUCUGUAACAUUGGCACUGCAAUGAGUUUUUUAAAUACGUUCCUUAGAAAUAUGUUUUUGUUAAUUUUUAUAUAGUUAGUAAAGUCUUAAACAUGUAAUUAUUUAAUAUCAUAGAAAUUUUGAAUAUGUGUGUUUUUAACAUAAAAUAUUUUCAUGUUAAUCUGUCAGAGUUUAAUUGUUACUGAUUUUCUUAGUAGCCAACUAAUAUCAGUAUUGAUAGUUGUCCAGUGAAUGUUAUAUCAAGACACAACCUCUCAAAAGCACCUUUUUGUUUUUCUCUGACAGCAAUUUAAGGUUGUAUGAGUGUGAUAUCAUAUAGCAGAAGUACAAGGUAUUGUAUACAUUGCAUAAGUUUAUGUUGUUCAUUACUAGUGUAGAGUAUGCUGUAGUGUAUGUUGAGCAGUCAUUGCAUAGUUGAGUCAUCUACUGCUUAUUGCAGGAUGUAUAUAGUAGUUCUGUGUUUAUGUAUUGUUGAUGCCAAAAUAUUAAUGUCUUGUGGCAGCAUUAGAGUCUGUUUCAGAAACACUGACGCCAUUCUGUGUACAUGUGUGUAUCUGUACAUACACACAUUCAUAUUGUGAUCACCAUGACUUGUAUCUUGAUACUGUUUGGAGUGAGUUGGAGUCUAUACUGUUGAUUUUUUAAAUAUUAUACACUGAUUUUCUGUAAAUUGUAUUUUCUAGCAGUACACGGAUUAUUAAAGCCUACUAAUUUGCUUUCUUUUUUAACAAGUUCUUUUUGAAAUUCUUCAAACUUUUUUAUUUACAGGUAUCUUGUAUUAUAAAGGAUAUUUACAAACAUAUUUCACUAUUCAUUAUGGAUGAUUUUUUUUUUAUGAAUUGUGUUCAAGAUCGAUUUUUAUCAGACACUCCCAUGGCUUGUAAAUAUAUAGCUUAGAUGACAGUUCUAUUUUUGUAUUUUUUGAAGCUUUUGUAUUGCUUCAUGUAUGAAUGUUUUUUUUUUUUUUUAUAAAUUGAAGUAAAAUAUAACUACAAGUAUGAAUUUCCUUUUAAAUUUUAAAGCUGGGACUUGGUCAUAAUUGACCUUACAAUAAUGUACCAUGAUUGGCUUGAUUUGUAUUGGCACAUUUUUGUUUGUUUUUUUAAUUAUCAAUAAAAGCUUUAGUCAGUUAA